AUGCACUUACCGAAUACGAAUUAUAAUUCUUCCUCUUAUAAUAACAACAACAAUGAUUCACCGAACCUCACUCCCCUAAUUACAAGUAACGUUUGUUCUUACUGCUACAUUCAACAACACCCUCAACAGCAAUUGGCAAUGUUUUGUCGUCGACAGCAUUAUUUUUGUCCCUUUUGUAUAAAUUCAUUACUCCAAUGUCUGCCUGCUAUUUGCCCAUUGUGUAUUUUGGAGACAAGGAAAACUGAUGCCAUAAAUUCGGAAGAGAAUGCAUACCAACCACCUUUUAUUGCCACAAUUUCAGCCAAUAUCACUCCCAAUACUAAUGGCACGAUAGCAUCACCAAACAGUAACGAUUACUUCUACGCUGAUUCAACAGCAUGCACGCGUUCAUCAACGCAAACAUAUCCCCCUCCUAGCGUAUAUCUGCCAACAACAAACAUAUAUCAGCCGCAGCAGAUGAAUCAUGAUUCAUACUAUCUCGUUAACAACAGCAAUAGCAUUGUGCCGCUGAAUUUCAGUUAUGCUUGUGUCAAAUUAUCCAACAUACCUUGGGAUAUAUCACAGAAGGAUGUUCGAAGCUUCUUUGGCAAUUGCCAUUUUCCUUCCGCAACAGAUUGUAUUCAAUCUAUCCACAUUAUGAUGGAUAGAAACACAGGAAAGACAUUAUCAGAUGCUUAUAUAGAAUUUACAAGUAUAGCCGAUAUGCGACGAGCCAUGCAUACCAGAAAUCAGCGACCAUUAAAAGGCCGUAUCAUUUCUGUUGUAGAGUCAAGCCAGGAAGAAAUUCUGAAAGCAAUAUUUCCAAAGUGGAGAGGACAAUUUGACGGGACCAAUGCCAUCCCACCUCCGGAAGAGGUUGUGAGAACAAUGUCAACAGCAGCAGGCGGUGGUACGUCGGCCUGUCCACCUUUUAUCACCCGCGAGGAAAUCAAUUCAAUAGUGGUUGUUUGUAAAAAUUAUAAGUUGCACUUUUCCAGGAAAUGUGCUGAACGGCCUUUUGAAAACAUUAUUAGUAUUAUAGCCAAAUAUCCUUGGCAUCAAGCACAUCUUAUCACUAAUCUCCAAAGAGAUCAUCUUUACGAAAUGUUGAAAACGGCAAUAGAAGCACUCAAAACACAUCUUUUCAAAGAAUGUGUUCAAAUAGACCCUACUUUGAUGGUAAGAUUGGUUCGGGCAGGCGUUAUGUGCCCUGCCUUCACAGCACGACAGAAAACAACUCUUUUGCAAACAGCGCGAAUGCAAUGCCCGCAAGAUAUAGUGCAUCGUAUGCUGACAGAUUUUUAUCCAGUUCAUUCUGGAACAGCUACAUCUUUAACAAAUCAUGCGAUAUCCAAUAUCGCUGGCAGCCUAUACUCCGGAGAAGAAGCCGUAAAUAGUAGUUCUGAUUUUUAUGGAUGUGCAUACCCGUCAACUCCCCAGCCGUUGUCAAACCAUAAUUGCCAGCUACCACCAGCAGCGCCGUUAGCGCCCUAUUAUCAAAGCACAGCUGCAUUUUAUCAAUCUGUUGCAUCAAAGAUAAAGCCAGUUACGACACGCCACGAUGGUUAUGAAACAAUUACUGAUCAGCAGAGCAUAGCUGACGCAGCAACAACGGACCGAUCAACACCAUUUGUUGAAAGAAAGGGAAACCAACCAAAUCAUUAUACAAAUAGCAGGAGAAGCACCAAUGGCAAUGGUGCACAAGAAGAGCAAAAAGCAAUACGACAAGAAAACUGUAGCGGCAAUUACGAACCUGAUAAUUUACCAUUUGCAUCCCUGAUUAUAGAUAUUCAAAAGUGUUCAUCGUAUUCUACGGACGACAAUUAUUAUAUAGACUGCCAUGAUGACGAUCUGAAGGAAGGUGAUAGGAAAACUGACCAAGAUAAAAAUAGCAUCAAAAAUAGUCGGAAUGACCUUUUUAUAAGACCCUCUCAUUCAUCUUCUAUAAUACCAACGCCCACGUUUGAAACCGCCGAUUGGACGCUACCGCCUUCCUUUGUUCCUCAUACACCUGUUGAAGCAGCAAAAAUUGUUGAUUCGUCUAGUUCACGUCUGCAGAAUGUAUCAGAUAAUCGAGGCUUACCAGUAAUGUUCACGAAUUCUAGAAUAGCAAGCUCUUAUAGUACUUCAAUUUUGCAAAAGCCAUGUAGUAAAAGACCAUCAACUGUGCUGGCACCUUGGAAAUCAGGUUUUAAUCAAUCUAAGUUUACCGGCAGCGAUAUUUGGAGAGUGGCACCUUCAUAUAAUACAAGCACUAGUGAUACGGCCAGGAAUGAAAUAGAACUCAAUUGUCCAUCUCGCUCGAAAAGCUUACUUGCGGCUCAAUGA